ACAUCAUUUUUUUGUUUCUAGUUGUUCCUUGAUGACUCCAAGAUGAAGAACUUCACGUCGUGCUUCAAAGAGAAGAAAUUCCUCGAGUUCUUCUUCAGCCGACUGAGGCCGAACAAAACCGGUCGCUACGAGGCCGAAUUUCCAUUUGUGUCGUUGUGUGGACCGGAGCGAAACUUUGUCCGGUGUGAUGACAAGCCGAUCGUGUUCACAAAACUGGUGAAAACAGACGAUAACAAAGACAUACUAUUCUACGCACAUUCGGAUCUGUUGAGGUUCUCAUUUGAACCGGCCAAACUCUGCAUGGUGCCUGAGACCGGUCGGGUCUACCAUCCUUCUCCACCGAAAACUCACCCCAUUGGUCUGGUCCGUUCCAAGCUAGCCAUUGAACUUAGUCAGCAUUUUCGAUUUGAAAAUGGCGAGGACAAACCUCCCACUCAGUUUGAAUGGGAGGGCAACGUUUACCAAACUGAUAACGAGUGGUACAAAAAUAUUCUGUAAUAGGCUAUAUAUUUAUAUUUUAUCAAUGGAAACCAAUCUUGUCAUUUGUUGUAAUGAUUGACGCCAUAGAAACUAAGUGCUCAAAUACAAAAACGUAAGGUAUUUAAUCUAUAUAUACAUUUUUUAUGAAUUUUACACGACGUGCAGUCAAUUAUUCUAAGUAAAUAAGCAAAACUGACUGGAGUACUUUCGUUCAUUUUCAACAGUGAACGCUUUCUGUUCGAAAUCACUCCACCCAGUAAGUGAAAAAAUUUGCUUAUUCAGUUUAGUUGACUGCACGUUGUAUAAAAUACACAAAAAAGUGUGCUAAUACAUCGCAGCUCCAAUUGGAUUUGAGAAACCAUCGUCAUAAUUUUUUUGUCUCAAGUCUGUGAUUUGAAACUCUGUUACUUCAUAUUUCUUGACUCCAAUAAGUAUAGUCCAGUCACCAGGUACUUUUUGCUGAAAAAAAACUACGAAUACACUCAUUUUUACGUCUGGAGUAUUGGGAAGCUUAAAAACAAAAAUAUGACCUUCCAGCACUGUAGCUUUUUCAGGGUUCCCCAAAAACCUCGGAUUUUCUGUUAUUUUUCAAAGUUUUUGAUUUCAGCCAAACGGACAAAAAAAUAAUUCGCCUUUUUUCCGAUAAUAAAAUGAAAUAAAUCAGAGCUCUCUAACUUCAUCAUGAUCCUAUCCUAUAGGGUUGUGUGGCAGAGAGGAACUGGAGUCCUAACUCCGCCCUUAAAGGCAAUCAAUCUACGGUGAUUCUUGCUGAUCAUCACUUACAAAAUUUCUAAAUGGUGUCCAGUGAUCAAAUAUCAGUGAGUGUUGUAGGUCUUAUCUAUAAUUUUUCAACAAGAGUCUCUCAAAAGGAUUGCCUCCUCCACGAAUUUUUAUCAGUGAUUUUGCGUAGCCAUCCAUAGUUUGAAGUAUUUGGAAAUGCUCGGAAUAGUAUCUUACGUCACAAGGAUGGGAAGGGGCCUUUUGCAGUCGAGAAUGAUGUUUCUAGUCGAGGCGUUAGCCAAUACUAGAAUUUCACUCGAGCACUGUUAAAGACAUUCACGUCCAACUAACGUAUAC